GAAUGUGGUACAACCUGUAAACUCCUCCCUGUGCCAAAGAAUAGUUAAACAACAUGUUGAGAAAGAAGGAAGCAGAUUCAUUAUUCACUGCAGCAGGUGAACACACAGAUGGUUUCUGUUCAGCGAACUUUUUUAAUGGUCAGCAUCACUAAGAGGUAGAAUGGCGCAGCAAGGAAAUCCUCUGGACCAGGAGAGAGUCUCCUGUUCCGUCUGUCUGGACCUCCUGAAGGACCCGGUGACUAUUCCCUGUGGACACAGCUACUGCAUGAGCUGUAUUAACACCCACUGGGAUAAAGAGGAUGAGAAGAACCUCCACAGCUGCCCUCAGUGUAGGCAGACCUUCGCCCCGAGGCCUGUCCUGGGAAAGAACACCAUGUUAGCAGAUCUGCUGGAGGAACUGAAAAAGAGUGGACUCAAAGUGGCGCCUGCUGAUCACUGCUAUGCUGGACCUGAAGAUGUGGCGUGUGAUUUCUGCACUGGGAGGAAGCUGAAAGCCGUCAAGUCCUGUCUGGUGUGUCUGGCUUCUUACUGUGAGAAACACCUUCAGCCUCAUUAUGAGUCCCGGACAUUUGAGAAACACAAGCUGGUGGACCCCUCCAAAGAGCUCCAGGAGAACAUCUGCUCUCUUCAUGGUGAGGUGAUGAAGAUCUUCUGUCGUACUGAUCAGCAGAGCAUCUGUUAUCUUUGCUUUAUGGAUGAACAUAAAGACCACGACACGGUCUCAGCUGCAGCAGAAAGGACUGAGAGGCAGAAAGAGCUGGAGGUGAGUCGACUCAACAUCCAGCAGAGAAUCCAGGACAGAGAGAAAGGUGUAAAGCUGCUUCAACAGGAGGAGGAGAAAAUCAAUCUCUCUGCUGAUAAAGCAGUAGAGGACAAUGAGAAGAUCUUCUCCCAGCUGAUCUGUCUCAUAGAGGAAAGAAACUCUGAUGUGAAGCAGCAGGUCAGAUCCCAGCAGAGAGCUGAAGUGAGUCGAGUCAAAGAUCUUCAGGAGAAGCUGCAGCAGGAGAUCUCAGAGCUGAAGAGGAGCGACGCUGAGCUGCAGGAGCUCUCACACACAGAAGACCUCAACCAGUUCCUCCAGAACUACCCCUCAGUGUCCCCCCUCAGUGAGUCUACAGAGUCAUCCAGCAUCAAGAUCCGUCCUCUGAGCUGCUUUGAGGACGUUACAGCAGCUGUGUCAGAAGUCAGAGACAAACUAGAGGACGUCCUCAGAGAGAAAAGUUCAAACGUCUCACUGAAGGGGACUCAACUGGAUGUUUUACUGUCAGAACCAGAACCAAGGACCAGAGCUGAAUUCUUACAGUAUUCAUCCAAAAUCACACUGGAUCCAAACACAGCGAACACACGUCUGUUAUUAUCUAAGGGGAACAGAAGAGUCACAUCGACGAUACAAGAACAGUCGUAUCCUAAUAACCCAGACAGAUUCACUGAUCAUUAUCAGGUCCUGAGCAGAGAGAGUCUAACUGGACGUUGCUACUGGGAGGUCGAGAAAGGCAUGGGUGGAGUUGUUAUUGCAGUUGCAUACAAAGACCGUGAAACUGUAAAUGAGAAAUUUGGAGAUUGUCAAAGGUCUGGGCAUUGGGUAUUUUCAAGGAUCGUUAUGAAUUCAGAAAUAACAAGGUCCAAACUCCCGUGACGGGUCCUCGAUCCUCCAGAGUAGGGGUCCUACCUGGACCAGAGAGGAGGUGUUCUGUCCUUCCACAGCAUCACUGAAACCAUGACUUUGCUCUGCAGAGUCCAGACCGCGUUCACUCAGCCUCUCUAUGCUGGAAUCUAUCUUUUCAAUCCAGUUGGAAACACGGCUGAGCUUGUAAAUUGUAGUCAACAACAUUAAACAAAUAGAUGGCUACAAUUUUGGUUUUGUCCACAUCUUUAUUCAGAAACAAAAGGCCGGUUGGCCCUUUUUGUAUACUGUUUUUUUUUCCCUUGGUGCCUGUGGCUGCUAACACUAACUAUCCUGUUUUUGGUUAAUUACAUAAUCUAACGGAGCACCUAAUGGGACGUGGGCAAAACUCACAAGUGAUCAGGGGGAACUUUCUUGACAAAGCCACACUCCUCUCUGCUAACUCAGCAUCCUCAUCUUUCUUGACCUCAUCACUGCCUUCGAUACCAUCAACCACUCCUCCUCUCACGUCUCAAGUACUCCAUUGGCAUAACUGAUACUGGCUUCUCCUGGAUCACCUCUUCUCUCGCAUACCGACCUCCAUUUAUUCCCAUAUACAACUGGUAAAUCCUCCACCUCCCCAGUCAUCCACGGCGGUCCCCUCCUCUUUAUCAUUUUCAUCCUUCCCCUUGAACAAAUCAUCCUUCGUCAUGGUCUCAAUUGCCACUGCUACAUCGAAAACACCCGACUCUACUCUCCUCCAAGAGCAUCAACUCACUGCAGUGCCUUGACAUAAAAUCAUGGAUGCAACAGAACUUUUUCAAACUCAACUGCAAUAAAUCUGAAAAACUCAUCAUUGGGCCGAUGAUGAGUAUUUCCUUCUCUCUCAACAUCAAAGUCUCCAUCGUCACCCCCUCCAGCCUGUUCCGCAACCUCGGUAAGAUCCUCGACCCCCACCCUUUCUUUCCUACCCCAUGCCAACCAAAUCACCAAGACUGCCUCCUUCCACCUCGGGAACAUUGCAUGGCUCAAACCCUCUCUCUCUGCCACCACCGAAAUUCUCAUCCAUGACCUCAUAACCUCCAGACUCGACUACUGCAACAGCGCCCUCUACGGCUCUCCCAACGAAAUCCUCAACAAACUCAAAUAUGUUCAGAACUCUGCCGCUCGACUGCUCACCUCCACCCGCCGCUAUGAACAACCUCCACAGGCUCCUGGUCAAAUACAGGAUAGACUUCAAAAUAUUACUCACCACCUACAAAACCCUGAACAACCUGGCCCCUACAUACCUCUCAGACCUCCUCCCCCUUGACGCCCCAACACGAGCCUCAGACCCUCUGAAGACUGAAGACUCUCAGGACCCAGCGCCGGCCCUGGGGCGACAGGGCCUUCUCAGCUGCUGCACCUCUGAAACCCCCCCCCAUCCACAUCUGCCAGGCUCCCACCGUAUCAUCAUUAAAACAAGCCCUCAAAUCCCACCCCUUCAAACUCACCUUCCAAUACUAACCCCUUCAUUACUGAUUCUGGCGCAGUUUUCUCCAUUUAUUCUUUUUUUUGUGUUGUUUGUUUCUUUUGUCUGCUUGUUUCUCCUUCUUUAUUGCCUGGUUUUGUUGUUGUCUGUCUUUGUAAAGCGUCUUUGGGUACCUAGAAAAGCGCUAUGGAAAGUACAUUAUUAUUAUUAUUAUUGUAAGGAUUUUCCCAACUGAAAAUAAAAUGUUUUAUGAAAUUGCAAAUAGAUUUCAUUUUCAUGGAGUUGAAGUGUGAAUAAAAUCUCUGAUAACUA